AUGAGCACCACUCGGGACGAACCAAUCAAAGCUACGGAGGCUUCAAGUUCCGCAGGCACUACGCUCGCGCUCCCACCUCCUUCAGAAGGUGCAGAAAAGACCACCGUCACGGCGAACCAGGCGUUCAAAUUCGACCAUUUGGGACCUGUGAUUGUCAAUAGGGACGGGACGCUUUCGCGCAUCGCGAACUGGGAGAGUAUGACGCCGAUUGAGAAGGAGAGGACAUUGAGAAUACUGGUGGCACGAAACCAAGUACGCCUUGCCGAGCAGGAGAGCCAAGAAGGCACCGUGGCAGACGAUGUCCAAGAACAGGCGAAACUUUCCAUCUCACAAAGGCCUUGA